AUGUUCAAAAUAGCAGUUGAUUACGCGCGUCCGGGCUUUUUUUCGGGAUUCAGUGAAUGGUGCAACUAUUUACGUGAGAAAUGUAUGCAUUUAAACAAACCAGACUGUGUCAAUACCUACUACGAAAUUUAUCAUAUAAAUGCCAACAAGAAAUCUCAGAUGAACUAUUCGCCAAGUAAGGAUAUCAAAACUCUGUUUAGAGGUUACCAUACGAAAUGCUCGCUGGGACAAAUGUCCACUAAUACGUACGUAGCUUUUCCAUACACAUCCCUAAUUUUAGUAUGUUUAAUCGGAUUGCUUUUUGGAAUCUGCAUGGGUCUUAUCGUUUGGUAUGGUUCCAGAAUGCUUGUGAAAAAAUACAGAACAAACAAGAUUCGAAAAAAGAGAUGGGCAGAAGAAGUAGAGAAUUACCACGAAGUUGUUAGCGAAAUGAAGGAAAUUAUGAUUAAAAGGUUGUAA